CUAUCGAUAUCCCAAAAAAAUGAUGAAAUUUCGCGUUGGCAUUCACACUAGCUAAGUAACGGGUAUCUCUCUUGUUUAAUAUUGUCUCAUUUUAUUCUCCGACUUAAAAAUAUAUGUGAGAAAAAUUAUAAAGUUUUUCGUUCGCCUUCCACUAGCUGAGUAACGGAUAUCUCAUAGUCGGGAAACUCGACUAUAGCAUUCUCUUAUGGUUGCCAAUUUUGUUUGAUAUGCAAGAAAAUAUUGGAACUGCUCGUUCGCAUUUUCACAUGCCGAGUAAGGAGUAUCUGAUGAUCAGGGAACUUGACUAUUGCGUUCUAAUGGUUUUACUUAUUUUAAUAUUUUUCUUACCAAUUUCUAUUGAAAUGUGUCGAGGAAAGCGUCCUCUCUUGGUUUAAAUAAAUAUAUUUCAAUAUUAUUAUUAUUUUUUCUAUAUUUUCCAUGAGUUUGCUACCGAUGAUUUAAACAGUACACAAUUGCAAACUAAAUCCUUUUCUUUGUGAACGAUUGCAGCCUGUUAAUUUGUUCGUCGUGGUAGGGGAAUCAUCACUUAUUAUUAAUGAAAUAGUGUAAACUUUUACACUUAUGUGAAGCGUUACCCAAUGGGUUUUUAAUCCUUAGGACAUUUGAAUUGUGUCAACCCUCUGCAAUGACUAAUAGAGAGAAGGGUAUUUCAAUCCAUACACUGCAGACUUUGGUAAACUUUAUUACCCCCAGGGUAAUUGAUUUCCACAAACGAGUUUUCAAGUGCCGCCUAUGAAUUAUCUAAUUGACGAUUGAUGGACUUAUAAUCACGCCAUUGGUGGCCCUAUAAAAGGACAUAGCAGACGGUGCUUUAGUUCAAUUGUUGAAGUAAGAGUGCAUUCACUAUGGAUCUGCGGAGCUGGUUUCCGACCUUGUACACCCAGUCGAAGGAUACCCCAGUUCGCUCCCGAGACGCGACCCUGUACUUACUACGCUGCGUCUUCUUAAUGGGCGUCCGCAAGCCACCUGCCAAGUUUUUCGUGGCCUACGUGCUCUGGUCCUUCGCGCUGAAUUUCUGCUCUACAUUUUAUCAGCCCAUUGGCUUUCUCACAGGCUAUAUCAGCCAUUUAUCAGAGUUCUCCCCGGGAGAGUUUCUAACUUCGCUGCAGGUGGCCUUUAAUGCUUGGUCCUGCUCCACGAAAGUCCUGAUAGUGUGGGCACUAGUUAAGCGCUUUGACAAGGCUAAUAACAUUCUCGACGAGAUGGAUAGGCGUAUCACAGACCCCGGAGAGCGCCUUCAGGUUCAUCGCGCUGUCUCCCUCAGUAACCGUAUAUUCUUCUUUUUCAUGGCAGUCUACAUGGGUUAUGCCACUACCACCUUUCUGUCGGCGAUCUUUAUUGGAAGGCCACCGUACCAAAAUUACUACCCGUUUCUGGACUGGCGAUCUAGCACUCUGCAUCUAGCUCUGCAGGCCGGUCUGGAAUACUUCGCCAUGGCUGGCGCCUGCUUCCAGGACGUAUGCGUUGACUGCUACCCAGUCAAUUUCAUCCUGGUCCUGCGUGCCCACAUGUCGAUCUUCGCGGAGCGCCUGCGACGUUUGGGAACGUAUCCUUCUGAAAGCCAGGAGCAGAGAUAUGAACGGCUGGUUGAGUGCAUACAAGAUCACAAAGUUAUUUUGCGAUUUGUUGACUGCCUGCGUCCUGUUAUCUCCGGUACCAUCUUCGUGCAGUUCUUGGUGGUGGGAUUGGUACUGGGCUUUACCCUAAUUAACAUUGUCCUGUUCGCCAACUUGGUAUCAGCCAUCGCAGCACUCUCCUUCAUGGCCGCAGUGCUUCUUGAGACGACUCCCUUCUGUAUACUGUGCAACUAUCUCACAGAAGACUGCUACAAGCUGGCCGAUGCCCUGUUUCAGUCAAACUGGAUUGAUGAGGAGAAACGAUACCAGAAGACACUCAUGUACUUUCUGCAGAAACUGCAGCAGCCGAUAACCUUCAUGGCUAUGAACGUAUUUCCAAUAUCUGUGGGGACUAACAUCAGUGUCACAAAAUUUUCGUUCUCCGUCUUUACUCUCGUAAAACAAAUGAACAUAGCAGAGAAACUGGCCAAAUCUGAAAUGGAAGAGUGAAAUAAAAAGUUUAUUCGGAUUUAAAAUCACACAUGAAAGAAGUUAAAGUACACGGUAAUAAAAAUGUUUAUAGUUUUUUAACCACUCAUAUAAAACUAUACUUGGUAUUCGUAAUAUCUAAACUGUGACUAGAGGGUUGGGUACCGAUUUCUAAACAUUAUUUAAAUUAAACAAAAACAACUUACAAUUAGGUAAGGUUAGGAUAAGGUAAGGUAAGGGUUAUGAAUUUCCUAGUUUCCUCCGCAAUACUAUGAUCAGACACGAAU